UCUCCGCUGCGCCACCAGGAACUUCUUUCUCUUCUCCGCCCCGCCGGCCGCGGGCUAGCGGGACGUCAGCGCUGCCAGCGUGGAAACGGCGGCGGGGCGUGGGAGGCGGAAGUAGUGCCCGGGAACGCCGGGCCUCCAUCGGGCUCCACCGGCCGCCUCAGCCAUGGACGCGCCCCUGGAGAAGAUAGCAGACCCUACACUAGCUGAAAUGGGAAAAAACUUGAAGGAGGCCAUGAAGAUGCUAGAGGACAGUCAGAGAAGAACAGAGGAGGAAAAUGGAAAGAAGCUCCUGUCAGGGGAUAUUCCAGGGCCACUGCAAGGCAGUGGCCAAGACAUGGUGAGCAUCCUCCAGUUAGUUCAGAAUCUGAUGCACGGAGAUGAAGAUGAGGAGCCUCAGAGUACCCGAAUCCAGAAUAUUGGAGAACAAGGUCAUAUAGCUUUGUUGGGGCACAGUCUGGGAGCUUACAUUUCAACUCUGGACAAAGAGAAGCUGAGAAAACUUACAACCAGGAUACUUUCAGACACAACCUUAUGGCUAUGCAGAAUUUUCAGGUAUGAAAAUGGCUGUGCUUAUUUCCACGAAGAAGAAAGAGAAGGACUUGCAAAGAUCUGUAGGCUUGCCAUUCAUUCCCGUUAUGAAGACUUUGUGGUGGAUGGGUUCAAUGUGUUAUAUAACAAGAUGCCUGUUAUAUAUCUAAGUGCUGCUGCUAGGCCUGGCCUGGGCCAGUACCUCUGUAAUCAGCUUGGCUUGCCCUUCCCCUGCUUGUGUCGUGUGCCCUGUAACACUAUGUUUGGAUCCCAGCAUCAGAUGGACGUUGCCUUCCUGGAGAAACUGAUUAAAGAUGACAUAGAACGAGGAAAACUGCCCCUGUUGCUUGUUGCAAAUGCUGGAACUGCAGCAGUAGGGCACACAGAUAAGAUUGGGCGUUUGAAAGAGCUCUGUGAGCAGUACGGCAUAUGGCUCCAUGUGAAAGGUGUGAAUCUGGCAACAUUGGCUCUAGGUUAUGUCUCCUCAUCAGUGCUGGCUGCAACCAAAUGUGACAGCAUGACGUUGACUCCAGGCCCAUGGCUGGGUUUGCCAGCAGUUCCUGCUGUGACGCUUUAUAAGCAUGACGAUCCUGCCUUGACUUUAGUUGCCGGUCUUACAUCAAAUAAGCCAACAGACAAGCUCCGUGCCCUGCCACUGUGGUUGUCUUUACAAUACUUGGGACUCGAUGGGAUUGUGGAGAGGAUUAAGCAUGCCUGUCAGCUGAGUCAGCGAUUGCAAGAAAGUUUGAAGAAAGUGAACCACAUCAAAAUCUUGGUGGAGGAUGAGCUCAGUUCGCCAGUGGUGGUAUUCAGAUUUUUCCAGGAGUUACCAGGCUCAGAUCCAGGACUUAAUGCCAUCCCAGCACCCAACAUGGCCCCGUCAGCAGUCAGCCAGGAGAGGCACUCCUGCAAUGCACUGAACCGCUGGCUGGGAGAACAGCUGAAGCAGCUGGUGCCCGCAAGCGGCCUCACGGUCAUGGAUCUGGAGGUGGAGGGCACGUGCGUGCGGUUCAGCCCCCUGACUGCUGCGGCAGUUUUAGGAACUCGGGGAGAGGAUGUGGAUCAGCUCGUAGCCUGCAUCCAGAGCAAGCUGCCAGUCCUGACCUGUACACUGCAGCUGCGAGAGGAGUUCAAGCAGGAGGUGACAGGAACAGCAGGUCUCUUAUACGUUGAUGACCCAACCUGGCCUGGAAUAGGGGUUGUCAGGUAUGAACACGCUAAUGAUGAUAAGAGCAGUUUGAAGUCGGAUCCAGAAGGGGAAAAAAUCCAUGCUGGACUCCUGAAAAAGUUAAAUGAACUGGAAUCUGACCUUACAUUUAAAAUGGGCCCUGAGUAUAAAAGCAUGAAGAGCUGUAUUUACAUUGGCAUGGCAAGUGACGACAUAGAUGUUUCUGAACUAGUGGAGACCAUUGCAGUCACAGCCCGAGAAAUCGAGGAAAACUCCAGGCUUCUGGAAAACAUGACAGAAGUGGUUCGGAAAGGAAUUCAGGAAGCUCAGGUUCAACUGCAGAAAGCAAAUGAGGAGCGACUUCUGGAAGAGGGGGUGUUGCGGCAGAUCCCCGUGGUAGGAUCCGUGCUGAAUUGGUUUUCUCCAGUACAGGCUUCACAAAAGGGAAGAACUUUUAACCUGACAGCAGGCUCCCUGGAGUCCACGGAACACACAUACAUGUACAAAGUACAAGGCUCGGGAGUAACACCGCCUCAGACCCCCUCAGGGGCUCGCACUAAACAGAGACUUCCAGGCCAGAAGCCUUUUAAAAGGUCCCUAAGAGGUUCAGAUGCUGUGAGCGAGACCAGCUCAGUCAGUCACAUCGAGGACUUAGAGAAGAUGGAGCACCUGUCCGGUGGGCAAGAUGCCUCGGAAGCUAACAGCCCUGAGCGGCACCCAGGGGUGCCCAGCCCUCCAGAAGCCGAGCAGACGGGGGCCCUCCAGGACAGGGCCCAGCGCCUGGAAGAUGACUGCCCACAGAUGAGGAAACCAAGGUCCACAGAUUUAAGAUUUACCCAGCCUGAAAAUUCUCACCUCUAGUAUUUGCUUAUCAUCUUGCUGCAACCAGAAAUCCACAUGGGGAAAUGGCAUCCAGGAAUAUGGUCCUAUACGAA